AUGAAGUUUGUGAUAUUAGCUUUACUUGCCUUGGCAUCUGGACUCCAUGCCAAGAAAUUGGACCUCAAGCCAUUAGGCUUUGUCCUUUUUGGAAAGCAUGGUGAAGGUACUAAAACCUCUGUUGCAUCUGGAGCAUGCCCACUCGGAACUCUUCCCGACACUGUAUUCCUUCACAAGACCUUUGAAAAGGCAGGUCAUUUCUUCACAUGGGUUAGACCAGUACAUGGUAAGGUUGAUGAGGUGGUAUGUGGAACCCAUGCUGUUUGGAAGGCUGCUGCCGGUGAAGUACUUCUUGAUUUACACUUUGUAGGUAAAAAGGACUCUGAUAAGUUUGUCCACUUGGAACUUUUCCACCCAGCUGUAGGUUCACACCACCUAUUCCUCAAAUUCGUUGCCGAUGGUGCUCUUGCUGGUUAUCUUGGUAUGGCAGCCUUUGUAGUUGGCGUUCAUGGAUUAGUCGCCGAACUUCCUAAAGUUGAAGGUCUUCCUGCUCAUCCACUUGUCCAUGCUUUGGUUGCUCAUGCCGCUCAUGUCGCUCAUGGUGCUGCUGAUGGUCUUGGUGCUGAGGGUGCUGCACUUGUUGCCGCUUAA